GAAUAUAUUUUGGGAGACUUAAUUUAUAGAAAAGGAUUUGAUCCUUCUGGUGGUGCCCAAUCACUGCACAAUCAUCACCAGAAGGACCUCAAUGAAAAAAAUAAGUCUUCAGACUUCCAUGGAUUAUUCUUAGUGUUGGACCCCACUGCAAAAAUAAAGUCUUCAGACUUUCAUGGCUUGAAGUAUCUUUGGUGUUUACACCAAGAUCCAUCCAUACGUCCAACAUAUUUAUUUUGUUUAAUUCUAUUUGUGUUUCAGGAUAAAACCAUUUAUUGUCCAAUAAGUAAAAAGCCUAUAAAAAUGAAGGAUUUAAUAACGGUCAAGUUCACACUUGCUGAUGAAAAAGACAGCCAGCCUUUAGUUGCUAAAAAAGUGCGUUACAAGUGUGCAGUCACCCAUGAUAUUCUCUCAAAUUCUGUGCCCUGUGUUGUGUUAAGGCCAAGCGGCAAAGUUGUUACACAAGAAUGUUAUGAGAAACUUAUCAAGAAAGAUAUGAUAGAUCCUGAGACUGGAGUUAAACUUGCAGAAUCUGAUAUUAUUCCACUCAAAAGGGUAAUUCAUAUUUGUUGUUGUUUACAAUGUAAAUGUUAAAUCAACUAAUAGCAU